AUGCUAUCAUUCGCGAAAAUAAAACAAGUAGUCGACUCAGAUUCUCCUUCAGCUCAUGCUGAAGGAGAAUACUCACUUAAUGACUGUCUUCACACUGGAGUAAACCUGUACCCUAACUUGUUCAAACCUUUGGUGCAAUUUAGAAAAAAUGCUGUAGCAUAUACAGAGGACGUUAAACAGGCAUAUUUACAAAUUUUGAUAGACCCAGAGGAUCGACGGUUUACUAAAUUUUUCUGGAUUGAAGACCUAAAUUCAGACAAGCUUUGCGUACUAAACUUUACCAGAGUGCUAUUUGGACUCAAACCAAGUCCUUACUUGCUCGCAGCAACUCUUAAGCAUCAUUUUGAAAAGUAUCAACACUUGUUCCCAGAAACUUAUGAAGUGUGGAAAAAUUCUUUCUGGGUCGAUGAUCUUAUUGGUGGAGUUGACGACCUAGAAACGGCUCUCAUAAUCAGCAUCGAAAGUGUAGAAGUCAUAAAAAAGUACAAACAAUCAGGCAUAGAAACUGAUGACACAAAGGGUAACAUCAGUGGAUGUGGUGUUCCAUGUAAAGUUCUAGGACUAGCCUGGGACCCAGACAAAGAUGUAAACUUUUUUGACGUCAGCAAAUUGAAAGCCAUUGCUGCCAAUGGUGGCAGUACUAAGAGAUUUGUUUUCCACGUACUGGGUAGCAUCUUCGAUCCCAUAGGAUUUUUAGGACCUUUCAUCAUGAAACUGAAGAUUCUUAUCCAAGAAUUGUGGAUUGCAAAAAUUGAUUGGAAUAGUGAACUUCCACCUUUGCUGGACUACAAGCACCACUUCAUUCCUAGACGUCUUUCAGGGUUAAAUUCAUGUGAUUUUAUUUCAUUUGAUAUUCAUUCUUUUUCAGAUGUUUCCAUGAAGGCCUAG